AUGGAGACAUGUGGUCUCAGAUUCCGCUUUUUAGCGGUGUUCAUGGUGAUAUCGGAGGCUACUGGGGAGUUUCUUAUCCCCGGCAUACCCGAUAAGCGAUAUCAACAGCUUGGAGAUGUCAACCUUGGGGGCAUUUUCCCUAUCUACAACUACCACAAACAUUUACCAUGCGGCUCUUCGUUACGAUCUACAAGCAUCUUACAAUACGUGGAAGCCAUGGUGUACGCCGUCAACGCCGUAAACCAGCGCUCGGACAUCUUGCCUAACGUUACUCUGGGAUUUGUCAUCUUGGACGACUGCAAGAAGCCGAGUACAGCUUUGUCACAAGCUCUCAGAUUUAUACCACGGGCUGCCGAAGGCAAUGAUUGUGGGCCUUCUGUUUCAAACUCAUCGACAUCGACCCAGAAUUACACAGAGAAUUUUGACGUCGUCGGCGUUGUUGGCUCAAUGUUGUCAUCCACAAGCAUCAGCGUCGCUGAGGUUCUUGGCGUUUUCCACGUCCCCCAGAUAAGUUACGCGUCUAGCAGCGACGAGUUGAGCGACAGGGCUAAGUAUCCGUAUUUUCUACGAGUAGUCACCCCGGACAGCUACCAAAUUCAGUCCAUGAUCGACCUGAUUGUUUAUUAUAAUUGGACAUAUAUUUCUACCGUUCACUCUGCUGGAAGCUAUGGCGAAACUGGAAUAAAACUUUUGCAGUCUCUCGCGAGAGAACGCGGGAUUUGCAUCGCUACCAGCGAAGUUGUCGACCAUUAUUUCAAAGAUGCCGACAAUGAUAAAGUCAUAAAAGAACUUUUAUCUCAUUAUGAAGUGAAAGUUGUCGUUCUGUUUACGGGACCAGAAAACGCCAGGGAGUUGGUUGCAUCUGCCAAAAGGUUAGGUGCGAUUGGCAAAUUUGUAUGGCUAGGAGGCGAUGCUUGGGCCACUCGAUUAUCAACGUUUGGAUCUCACAAGGACGGUACUUUAGGGGCGUUUACGUUUAAGGCCUAUUCAGAAUAUGUUAAAAACUUUGAUGCUUACUUCGAAGAACUCACGCCCUUGUCUGUUCCAUCGAACCCCUGGUUCGGCGAGUUUUGGGAGAAGAUAUUUGGGUGCUCCCUUACAGACCAAGGAGCUCUAUGUGACAACAAUUUAUCUUUGAAAACUUCCACGCAUUCUUCGAUAUCCUCAAUAGGAUCUGUCAUCGAUGCUGUUAGCACAUUUGCGGUGGCAAUUGAUGAACUUUUGGCAGAUAAAUGCCCGGAUAUGACUGCAGCAGAGGCCCGCUCGUGCAUUGUAGGUUCAGAUUUGCUCAUGUAUUUGAAGAAUGUCUCGUUUCUUGGCGAAAGUGGACUGGUAAGCUUCGAUGCCAGUGGAGAAUUUAUUGGUCGUUAUAUGAUUGAACAAGUUCAACUAGUGGAUAAUGAAAUUGUUCAACGUCACGUAGCCACGUGGAACUCCAAAUCACACGAGAUCACAUUUGACCAGAAUUAUACCGUUCAGUGGAGUUUGUCGGAGCGACUUGGAGAACACGAAUCUGACAUUCCAGAAUCCGUAUGCAGUAAACCCUGUAAAUACGGAGAGUUUUACAUUCAGAGGGAAUUGCCGUGUUGCUGGGACUGUAGACGAUGCAGGGAAAAUGAAAUAACAGUGUACAACGCCACGGGCUGCUUGCAAUGCCCGCCAUUCACCUGGCCCGAGCAAACGACAUUCCGCGCAUGCGAACCGAUAACGCCAACAAUGUUGCUGUGGCAAGACGCCACGUCGUUGUUGCUUCUUACGCUGGCUGGCUUCGGAAUGCUUGGAGCAUUGGUCGUUUUCUGUUUCUACAUCUUUCACAACAACACCCGGCUAAUCAAAGCCUCGAGCCGAGAACUAUGCUACCUCAUGCUACUGGGCAUACUCAUAGGCUAUCUAACUGUCUUCGGCUUGGUAGCUCCAGCCACAACAAGGACUAAAUGUGUCGUCGUCCAGUUUGGUUUCAACUGUGGACUUAUCGGGAUUUAUGCCCCUCUCCUUACACGAACAAACAGGAUCUAUCGCAUAUUUAACGCCGGGAAAAAGUCAACAAAGAGACCUCCACUUGUGAGCCCUAGAGCCCAGACAGCCAUAGCUUUAUCACUGAUUGCAGUUCAGCUUUGCAUGACGAUAACAUCCGCUGUCCUGGAGCAACCUUCACCAAAACUGACGAUGCCGGUCGCGACUGAAAAGUUUGUGGAGCUAAGCUGUGAACUAGCGCAAUAUGGCUUCUUGGCGUUCCUCAUCUAUAAUAUUCUUCUGGUUCUCCUAUGCUCAGCCUUCGCUUUCAAAACCAGGAAACUACCUGACAAUUUCAAUGAGUCCCGUUUCAUUUCCAUGUGUGUGUACACAACGUUAGUUGUUUGGAUUGCCUUCAUUCCGACGUAUUUUACCACAGCACGAGAGUACCAAAAAACGGUUCUGUUAUCGUUAGCAUUGAUCGUUAACGCCACAGUGGCGUUAGCGUUCCUGUACCUCCCAAAAAUCUACGCCACUCUUCAUUUUCACGAUGCUCCCGGAAACGGUGGCAGGCGAGGAUGUGCGCGAAACGGCAUUUCCGGUUUGUCGACAAUGACCUCGUCGCGGAUCCAGCCUACUAGCGUGUACAGUACACAGAAUAACGAGACAGACGUGUCCGCUCUGCAGAGCUGA